AUGACGGUUUCUGGCAAGCCUGUGUGUGUGAAUAUGUCAGAGACCUCUUCCACACCUCAAGGCGAAUCAAGCAACUCCCAAGGAUCAGCCGCCCAGCAAUUAAAUAGAUCCUGCGAGUCUUGCCGAAGUCUCAAGGUCCGCUGUCUCCCCAGCCCAUCCACGCCUAAUCAAUGUCAGCGAUGCGCCAAGGGAAAGCGAUCAUGUGUCUUCGUGGCGCCGCAGAGACGGCGGCCCCGGAAACGGACAGAUUCGCGUGUCGCUCAGCUCGAGAAGGAGAUGCGGAUGAUGCGUUCGCUGUUGAAAAAUCGCAUCCCCGAAGAAGAAGAACCGGAUUCUAGCGAUGAAAGCGACGUGGACGAUGUCCAGGAUCAUGAUUCGGCCGAUGCCGAUUUUAAGAGCAGUCUCGUCUUGCGGGACCAUUCCGCUCACUCCUCUGAAGAUGUCCGUUAUAUGGAUUAUUCCCCUGAGUUAUUAAAUACCCCGCACCCCGGCGGGCAUGAUGGUGGCUUUUCAGCGCCGCCGACUUUCACCAGUAUGUCAGCUGGCUUUGUGUCCGAGCAGGAGAGGCUUCCUCCGGCGGACGACGUGAUCGAUCGGGGGAUUCUCUCCCUCGAAGAUGCGGAGCAAUUGGUGGCGUAUUUCAUUCACGAACUCGCAUUAUUCUUUCCAUUGGUCGUCUUGCCUUCGAACACCACGGCAGCUCAACUGCGACAAACAAAACCAAUCCUAUUUCUUUCUGUGAUUACCGCGACAUCCAUAUCCGUCGAUGCAGGCCUGGCAACCGUGCUGAACCGCGAGAUGGUCCGUCUCUAUUCAGAGCGGUUCUUCAUCGAAGGCGAAAAGUCACUAGAGUUAGUGCAAGCGCUGCUGCUAAUGAUCAUAUUUUAUCACCCGCCCGCUUCGCCAUUGAAGCUGCAGGUUUAUCAGUACACGCACAUCGCCUCGACGAUGGCACUAGAAAUUGGGUUAGCUAAUAAACGUCGUGUCUCGAAAAAGUCCGAUCGCCAGAGCAGCGGACAUGACGAGGUGCUGGCUGAGCAGGCGAGAGCAGUCCUCGGCUGCUACCAUCUUGGUUCGAGUGUUGCGAUGAAAACCCGUCGUCCAAAUCUGCUCCAGUUCAAUGACUGGAUGACCGAGUGUCUUAGCCAUUUAGAAAACUCGCCGUAUCGAACGGAUCAACAUGUGGCGAUAUGGUUCGAACUCCAACGAAUAACCGAUGAAGCAAUGUCUUCAUUCGGUCUGGAUGACACCAGUACCACAUCGCCCCUAACCGAAUCACGGGUCCAAGCCGUGCUUCGCUGGUUCGACAAGCGGCUCGAGACAUGGAAGAAGAACACCCCGUCAGAAAUGCUCACCAUCCCCAUGAUCCUCGAAUACCGCUCCACGGCACUAGCGAUGUACGAACUCGGUGUAGGAGAAGGCUAUCGCGACCCAAACGCAAUAAAGCGACAAUAUUACACACUGCCGACCCUCGAUGAACAAGGCAACGGCGGCAGCGAAUCACCGGACGGCCCACUCAGCGCAAUCCGCAUCGACAUCAACAUCAAAUGGAUGAACGCCGCACAUGAACUGCUGAACGCCGUGCUGACCUGCAGCACGAACACGAUACGUAAACUCCCGAAUCUCAUGUACACCCGGUUCGCGAUGGCCGUGACAUCCCUGCUGAAAAUCCAUUUCUCCGUGCGUACCGGUGCUCUCGGGGAAGUCGUCACGGCACAGGCCGUGAACGUGGCCUACUACCUCGAUGCCCUGGCGAGCAAGCUAAGCGAGGCCAGUGGCGGGGGUAAGUACCAUAUCCCCAGUCGGUGGUAUUAUGUCGUGGGCGUCAAGGGUCGGGAUUGGUAUGAGCGGUUGGAAAGGCGGCAGAGUGGAGGGAUAGAAGUUGGUUCUCGAGUUUUAUCGGGGAGUCCGUCGACCGGUACUGCAGAGUCGAUCUCGGGUCUAGCAUCACACCCUAGCCAAACCCAAACCCAAACCCAAGAUGCACACUUGGAUCAAGUUCCAUCAACGAUGGACUCAUUCCCCGUCGUUACCAUGGCUCCAAUGCCACCGGCAAUAGACAGCAUGCGUGAUGGGUACGUAGCGAUGGGUGGUGCCAACAUGUGGGCCAUGGAUGGUGGACAUAACCCGCAUUUCUACCCUAUGAGCACGGCAGGGUAUCAGCCUUCGGUGUCGCAUGCGCAGGCGACGUUGCCACCUCAGUACUCGUAUGGGCCGCAGAGGAUGCCGGUUAGUGCUGCUGGGCAGCAUAUGGCUAGGGCGGGCAUGGAGUUGGAUGGGUGGCUUCCUGAUGGGAGUAUUUUUGGGGUGCAGCCUUUGCCUGAGUUUUGA